ACAGACAAGGUCGGACAGUAAUUGUGUUUUGUUAUGUAGCUUUCGACUGGUGGAGAAGCCGUUCACACAUUUUAAACACCGAUUCCCAACAAAUUCAAAUGUUUUGCCAACAUUUCGUAUUCGAAUAGAACCACUAAAAAUAAGAGAAGCGGUCGAGGAAUUUAGCGCGACCGCGACCCCAAGUGUAUUGAAACCCCUUCUGAUUUCAACGACGACCAGAGUUCUCUAUUUUCUAUGUAAAGCGACGCGAGUCACAAUCGAAAACGCCAUCAAAGGAGCAACGGAGCCGGACCAGAUGUGCUAGCUAACCAACGUGGUCCAUAGCCAGUCCCAGACGAGUCCAACCAGCAGCCAUCAGCCAGUGAAGCCAGUGAGCCAGUGAGUGAGUGAGUCGGAGCUUCCCGAGGAGAGUUGUCCAGUUCCAGGACAUGUGGUCCCGCCACUACAAUCUGCGUCCGCAACUGCGUCUGCCGUCGGUGCACGAGCAGGUUGCGAUGCAGUGCGCCCGGAACAUAGUGAAGGUGGCCACCGGGCUGCCGCAACCACUGCCCCGCAGUCCCACCGGCCAUGUGCCCGUGCUCGUGGAGCUGCGCCGCUCGGACGAGCCCACCGUGUACCGCUACCAGGUGAAUGUGCCCCCUGGGGGAUGGCCACCCGAGGAUCCGGAACGGCAGGGUCACCACCUCCAGCAGCUGGUGCUGCCCGGAACUCUAGACGCGCUGGGCCUCAGGCUUCAGCCGCUGGAAAGACCGCCAUGUCCCAUGCACGGGUGUGCCAUUUUGGAGACUACUAAUGCCAUCGAAUUGUGGUCGCCGAACUGCGCCGCUGCGCCAACUCUCUCCAUGAUGACCCAGAGCUCGAUGCACCUGGUCGGUGCACAGACUCACCCCAUUGCCCCCAUAGAUGUGGUCACAUUCAGCGAGCCCGUUGCCGCUGGCCACGCAACCCAAACCGUGAGGGAGCACUUCAGGGCCACCCUCUACCAGCAGCACAUCAGUCCGCUGACCUACUCGGACAUCUGGGUGCACGAGGAACCGCCGCGGCGCCUCAGAGGGACCACGCCCCCGCGCCUCAGAGGGGCCACGCCCCCGCGCCCACAGCUCUGUCUGUACGAGAACAACGAGUAUGUGGCCAGUAAGGAAACAAGACCCAUUAACGGGUACAAGGCUGCCAUAAAACCUUCAUCCAAUAACCAACGCAUAAUGGCCGAACUGUGCCUGAACAGCAACGGUGAGUACGUGCCCAAUGAGCAGCUGCAGCUGCAGCAAUACCGCUCCAAUACAACGUCCAACGGCAUGCGAGGGGAUCAGGAUCAGCACUUCCAUGUGCCACAUCCAUACAAUAAACCGCAUGAAAACCACCAGAAGGAGUCGCCACCGAAAGGACUCAACGGCUACAAGGGCGAUCUCUACGGCUACGGUUACGUCGCCAAGGAUCAGGGUAAGCCCCGAAAGAAAGGCGAUCAAUCGCUGGCCUAUUCGGACCAAGAGAAGGUCCUGCGGCUGCGCAGCCAGGACCAAGGCGACAGGUGGCCACGACAGGGCCACGGCCCGAUCAAAACUCAAGCACAAGUGGCCAUGAUAGAGCCCCGAGUGCGACAGGAAGUCCCCGUUAAGGACAAACCGUCCAUACCGCCAGUCAAUGAAAUGCCGGUGCCCCCGGAGGAGGUGCCACCGCCACCGAACUAUCCCCGUGAACUGCAGGCGCUCCUCGGCUGGAACUACUGCGCCCUGUGCCACGUGGUGCUGCGAUCGGCCCGGAAUGCGAUGGACCACUACUCGUCGCGGGGACACGAGCGCAGGAUCGGCUGCUGGCUGGACCGCCAGAGCCCCAGUGGUCAUGUGGCCCCCGUUGGCGCCGAUGCGGAGACCAUGGGCGUGUCGAUGGAGGCAUUGCGCUACAUGCGCACCGCCCGUUCGGUGGACUACUACUGCGACCUGUGUGACGUCAAGAUGACCUCUGUGAUGCACGCCCAGCAGCACUUCCUCGGGCGACGGCAUCGCCUGGUGGCCAGCCAGCGGACGCGGCCCAAUGGAGACGGCUACUACGAAGCGGGCGGCGGGUGGGUGCGCACGGAUGCCAACUUCCUCAAGUGCGAGCUGUGCGAGGUGACCAUCACCUCGGAGUCCCAGAUGGCCAUGCACAUGGCUGGAGUUCGUCAUCGCAGGCGGGUUCACACCGUCUUCGCGGGCAGAUCCCGUGGAGGACUGGGCCUGGGCAUGGGCAUAGCGCCCUUCAACGACCGACACUUGUACCGCCUGAACGCCAACGGUUCCCUGGCCCCGCUGCGACCUCUGGACCUGCAGAUCCUCCAGGCCGUUCAGCCGACUCCCGUGAAGGACCCGAGUGCCGCCUACUUCUGCCAGCCGUGCAACAUCACAAUGAACCACAUGAAGUCGGUGAGGCAGCACGAGAAGGGGCGCAUGCACCGGCGCAAUCUGCACAGGAUGCCCUGUCGGCCGGUCAUCUACGAGUGACCUUGCGGUGACCUUGGCGGACAGCACCAGUCAACGAGCGAGUGAGGGGGCGCGGCGCGGAGGCAGUCCUUUGAGUCCAAAAGAUGGACUCCGAAUCUCAAAGCCCGUAGUUGCCACACAAACACCGCCACCCACUGGCGUAUCUUCUUGCUGUGCUGUGUGUUAUUUUCAAUUUAUUUUUCAUCAAUCUAACUUUUUUGUAUGUUUUCUAGAAGUAUUAUAAAUAAUAUACCCCUAAAACCA